CUCUGCGUUACCAGGUGGUCGUCUAGGGUAGAUUCAGUCCGUGGAGUGCGGGACAGAUUUGUUGACAUUUGGAAGCGACUGACAGUCGUUUUGUUGACCAGCAAGGAUAAAAAAGAACGUGAUGAAGCUGUUGGCAUCAAGAAGAACAUUGCAAAAAUUGACUUUAUCAUAAAUCUAGUUCUCUGGGAGAGAAUUUUGUCAUGUACCAACUCCGCAUCAAAGGAACUGCAAUCGAAAAGUGUCGACCUCAGUGCCGCUUCCAGACUUUUAUGCAUUAGUUUGUCAGAACUAAGGUAUUUGCGAAAUUCAUGGGAGACCGUUCGAAUGACCGCAAAUGCCCUUGCUGCAUCAUGGGGCAUUCCCAUUGAGUUUGAGAAACGACGUAAGCGUGGGAUAAAACAGUUCUUCGACGAAUUGGCUUCCGAUUCUAGGAUCGAGGAUUCAGAAAGAGCUUUUAAAAUAAACAACUGGCAAGCAUAG